UAGUACUUUGACAGCAAGCUAGCUAGCUUCACUUCACACCACCGCAGACUGACCUCCGCUCCAAAGAUGGCUGGUGUUCGAGCCCUUGGUGUUCUUUCCAGAUUCACAGCAAGGAGAUACGCUCUCUUCACAGGAGGUACUUGCCGGACCUUCUCAGUAGCUCCUGCAAUGCUGGCUCGAACUCAUGUGAACUAUGAAGUCAAGGGCGAUGUUGCUGUGGUACGGAUCAACGACCCAAACUCCAAGGUUAACACACUGUCAAUCCAAAUGCAAAAGGAGAUGGCAGAAGUAAUGGAUGAAGUGUGGGCCAACAAUGCUGUUCAAAGUGCUGUCCUCAUCUCUUCAAAGCCGGGAUGCUUCAUAGCAGGAGCUGAUAUUAAUAUGAUCCAGUCCUGUAAGAAUGCAGAAGAGGUCACCACACUUUCUCAGGAAGGGCAGAAGAUGUUUGAGCGGAUUGAAAAAUCACCAAAGCCCAUUGUUGCUGCCAUUAACGGCUCUUGCCUAGGAGGAGGCUUGGAGUUUGCCCUCGCCUGCCAGUACAGAAUUGCAACGAAAAGUAAGAAAACAGUCCUCGGUACUCCUGAAGUAAUGCUGGGUCUUCUACCUGGAGCAGGUGGUACUCAGAGACUCCCCAAAAUGGUUGGUCUACCCAGUGCCUUUGACAUGAUGCUGACAGGAAGAAAUAUUCGAGCAGAUAAAGCCAAGAAGAUGGGUCUUGUCAACCAACUUGUAGACCCCUUAGGACCAGGGCUGAAGAGUCCAGAGGAAAGAACAAUAGACUACCUUGAGGAAGUGGCCAUUGAAUAUGCCAGAGGGAUCGUCAAUAAGAAGAUCCCUAUCCGCAAACAGAAGGGCAAGAUGGACAAAAUUCAAGACUACGUUAUGAGCUUCCCGUUUGUCCGCAAUCAGAUUUACAAAACUGUCCACAGUAAAGUUAUGAAGCAGAGCAAGGGGCUUUAUCCAGCACCUCUGAAAAUAAUCGAAUGUGUGAAGACCGGAGUAGAACAAGGCCCCGUUGCUGGAUACUUAGCGGAGUCUCAGAAUUUUGGUCAGUUGGCGAAAACCUCAGAGUCGGGAGCCCUGAUUGGUCUCUACCACGGUCAAGUUGCGUGCAAGAAGAACCACUACGGAGUUCCUCAAAAAGAAGUGAAGACCCUGGCCAUCUUGGGAGCAGGUCUGAUGGGAGCAGGUGUCGCCCAGGUGACCGUGGACAAAGGUGUACACACAAUCCUCAAGGACACCACUGUGUCUGGACUGGCCAGAGGAGAACAGCAGGUUUACAAAGGGCUCAAUGACAAGACCAGGAAGAAGGCCAUCACGUCAUUUCAGAGAGACUCCAUACUGUCCAACUUGACUGGCCAGGUGGAUUACAGCGGCUUUGAAAAGGCCGACAUGGUUAUUGAAGCUGUGUUUGAAGACAUUAACAUCAAGCAUGCUGUCCUGAAGGAGGUGGAGGCUGUGGUUUCCCCUCACUGCAUAUUUGCCAGCAACACAUCUGCUCUGCCCAUCAAGGAUAUUGCUGCUGCCAGCAAGAGACCAGACAAGGUGAUUGGGAUGCACUACUUCUCUCCAGUGGACAAGAUGCAGCUCCUGGAAAUUAUAACCACUGAUCAGACUUCAAAGGACACUACAGCCUCCGCUGUGGCAGUCGGCCUGAAGCAGGGCAAAGUCAUCAUAGUUGUCGGGGACGGACCUGGAUUCUAUACGACAAGGUGUCUGGCUCCCAUGUUGGCUGAAGCAGUACGAGUACUUCAGGAAGGCGUUGACCCCACGAAGUUGGAUGCACUCACCACAAGCUUCGGGUUCCCCGUGGGUGCAGCCACACUGGCUGAUGAAGUUGGUAUUGACGUUGCCGCCCAUGUAGCCGAGGACCUCGGCAAAGCUUUUGGCUCUCGCUUUGGUGGUGGAAAUGUGGAUGUCCUGAAGACCAUGGUGGACCUGGGAUUCAAAGGUCGCAAAUCAGGAAAGGGUUGCUACAUCUAUCAGCCAGGACUCAAGACCAAAGAAGUGAACCCAGAAAUUGGGGAUGUCCUUGAGAAAUUCAGGAUGACACCAAAUCCUGCUGUUUCAUCAGACUCUGAUGUGCAGUACAGGCUGGUUUCCCGGUUUGUCAACGAGGCCGUGCUGUGCUUGCAGGAGGGCAUCUUGAACAACCCUCUGGAAGGAGACAUCGGUGCUGUGUUUGGGCUGGGAUUCCCUCCCUGCCUUGGAGGACCUUUCCGUUUCGUGGACUCCUUUGGCGCCGACAAGCUGGUGGAGAAGAUGAGGCACUUUGAAUCGUUCUACGGGAAUCAGUUCACACCAUGCCAGCUCCUUCUCGAUCACGCAAAGGAUUCUAGCAAGAAGUUUCACAAGUGAAUGACUCACCGAGUGUGCCAGUAGCAUUUAAUAUAUCUCCAGCCUGCCACUAGAAUGUGCCUACCAUUUAUAUCACGAGUGGGGGCAAACAUAAUGAAAAUAUGCGGCCAGUUUAUUAGGUACCGCUAGCUAAAACUAAUGCAGUGUAAUACAGCAGUCCUAAGCCUCCAACAAAUUGGACAUUAUAACCUUCAUGAAGGUAAGAUUUAUUACAGGAUUGUGUUGUAUAAAAGGUUUUAGCUGGUGCACCUAAUAAAGUGACGACUGAGUGUAUAAUGUCAGCAAAAUUGGGUUGUUUUUUUGUACUUUAACAUUAUUGAUUAACUUGAUGGUAAUGUAUAGAUCAAAAAGCAAAUGGGGGCUCAUUAUUCACACAUUGCAGAUGUAAAGAGACCGUGGAGGUUAAAAGAUUCAAAUAUUUCCCAACUGGCAAAUUAAUUCUCCAUUAUUAAUGAAUGUCUACCAGUCUGGUUCAGCGACUGGUUUCUAUUUUUUUUUGUACAUUAAAGACUUUCUGGCCUCGUUUGAACAAUGUUGUAAAUGUGAAGCCUGAAUAAAAAAAAAAAAUU